CUCGCGCCUCGUUCGCGCUGGAGAUCACUAUAUUAAAUAUCCUAUAUUGUCUAUUCCCCGAUUCCCCGCACUUCCUCUUCCCCAGUCUCCCUUCAAUAUGUGGUGAGAGAAUCCAGUUCAUUCCAUUGACUUAGACGCUUCACCAUGGCAGAUGACAGUCACCCCCACUAUGUCCCUCUGGAUGUCCCUCUCCCUGUCACUCCAUCAGACCAAGUCUUCUCCGAUCUACAGUGGAAGACGCUCUUCUCCAUCGCCGAUACGGUCAUCCCAUCCAUCCGCGCGCGCGACCAUGCAUCAGGGAGUGCCGUAUCCGACAAGCUGGUCCCCGUGUCGCAGCUGAACCAUGCCGUGUCCACGCUGGCGAAGCGCAUCGCGGACAACGGCUCGUACUCGACUGACGCAGCAGCAGCAACAGAGCUGGCUCGUCACUAUUUCGAGGAGAAUGGCUCCUCCAAUCCUGCUUUCAGGGCGCUUGUUGAGCGGACUUUUGCGCUGUACGUGUACCAGGAAGGGAAGAAUGGGCUUUCGUUGAUUCUCAACCUUCUCAAUACUCGCGUCGGCUCUCUCCUCCUCACGGGCUCUCCCAUACCCAUUCAAGACCAGCCCUUUGACGUGCGUGAGCGAGUGUUCCGCUCGUGGCAGACGGCUAGUCUUCCGCCCCUGCGUACAGCGUAUCGCGCGUUCUCCCUCAUCUUCAAGAAAACAUGGGCCGCUACGAGCCCGACUCUAUGUCCAGUCAUCGGCUUUCCGCGCGUUCCCAUCAGCAGUAAACCCGCGCCCGGCUUUGACUUCGAGUUCCUCCAGAUCCCACCCGGGUCGGGACCGGAAGUGAUCGAGACGGACGUCGUAGUCAUCGGCAGUGGCUGCGGUGGUGGGAUAGCAGCGAAGAAUCUGGCCGAAGCCGGCUACCGCGUCCUGGUUGUGGAGAAAUCAUAUCACUACCCGUCCAAGUAUUUCCCCAUGGGAUUCUCCGAGGGCUUCACGAGCAUGUUCGAGGGCGGGGCGUCCAUCGUUGCAGAUGACGGGUCCAUUGCCGUUCUGGCCGGUUCGGCAUGGGGAGGCGGCGGCACGGUCAAUUGGUCUGCCUCAUUGCAGACGCAGAACUUUGUCCGCCAAGAGUGGGCGGAGUCAGGGUUACCGUUCUUCACCUCGUCUGCGUUCCAGGAGUCGCUAGACCGUAUCUGGGAGCUAUUGGGGGUCGACUCUGACCACAUCCAGCAUAGCACGAGCAAUCGGGUGAUUCUGGAGGGGGCCAGGAAACUGGGAUUCGCAGCCAAAGCAGUGCCACAAAAUACAGGUAAUGCGGAGCAUGACUGUCCUCUCUGCACAAUGGGGUGCGUCGGCUGCCAGAAGAAAGGCCCAGCAGCGUCUACCCUCGUCGACGCGGCGAAAGCAGGUGCUGUAUUCAUGGAAGGAUUCCAUGCGGAUAGGGUUCUGUUCAAGAAGGGAAGCAAUGGCCAGGUUGCCUCUGGGGUCGUUGGAACAUGGACCUCGAGGGAUGCAUACCUGGGUACCACCGGAACAGAUGCCGUGAAGCGAAAAGCCAUCAUCAAGGCCAGCACGGUCAUCGUGGCCUGUGGCUCUCUCCAGAGUCCCCUGCUCUUGCUGCGGAGUAGGAUCAAAAAUCCUCAUAUCGGACGAAAUUUGUACCUCCAUCCAGUCAUUAUCGCCGCCGCUGUUUUCGACGAGAAAACACACCCAUGGCAAGGCUCCGCCCUGACAACGGUCGUCAACAGCUUUGAAAACCUCGACGGACACGGCCACGGCGCCAAGAUCGAAGCACCAGCUAUGGUCCCCGCCAUGCUCCUCCCAACAUUCCCGUGGCGGGAUGGACUAGACUUCAAACUCUUUUCAUCCAAGAUGGACCAUAUGAGCACCUUCAUCACUCUGGCCCGUGACAAACACCCUGGUCGAGUGUACCCGGACCCUGACGACGGCAGGGUCCGCGUCAACUAUACCCCAUCUAUCUUUGAUAGAAGACACAUCGUCGAGGCGCUGGUGGCAUGUGCGCAGAUUGCGUAUGUGAGCGGUGCCCGCGAAUUCCAUACGACAUACGGCGAUAUGCCGCCGUUUGUGCGGGAUCAGGAUGAUUCCGGGGAAGAUGGGAUCAACAAUGCGGCGCUGCAGGCGUGGAUUGCGGAAUUGAGAGGUAAAUCGCCGCUGAACGUGGAGCAGAGCAUGUUCGCGAGUGCGCAUCAGAUGGGGACGUGUCGGAUGGGAGCGUCGGCGAGGAAGAGCGUCGUGGAUCCGAAUUGUCGGGUUUGGGGGACCCGUGGACUGUACGUGAUGGAUGCGUCUGUGUUUCCCAGUGCCAGCGGGGUGAAUCCAAUGAUCACGAAUUUGGCCAUAGCAGACUGGGCGAGUCGGAACUUGGAGCAGUCAACGGCAAGGUUGUAG